AAAAAUUUUUUGAUGCGCCCGAUUAUGUUAAUUUGAAAUAAAACUUGCGACCUAGUUCGUAUCACCGGAAAAUCCGGCACGAGUUAUCGCCCCAUGGACCGGAAGACGUGUGACGUCACCAGAGCCCAAGCUAUCGCUGAGACCACUGAUCUUAUGCUCAAAUCCUGUCGUGAAAUUGGCUAUGGAUUCACCCGAUCUCAGUGAUUAUGAAGAUAUUCCGGAGGUGUCAUUCAGUCUUAAUAUACAACCAUAUAUGUAUGAACCAGAAAAACAAAAUGACACUAAUAAUGACAGCAGUUCAUCAGACUUCAGUGACGAGAGUUACGAUUCCGGUGAUUCAACCAGUAUGCCUAAUCCCGACAGCGGUACCGAAUGGUGUUCGUGUAGCUUCUGUUUCUCUAUGCCUACAGUUGAGGAACGAAAAUGUUGUCAUGACAUUGACAUUUUACAAGAUAAGUUAGAAAACAUUGAGUGUAUAACACAGCACGAAGGAUUUACAGCAAACUGCUUGAAUAUGCAUGUGUUAGAGACAUCGUUUUAUGAGUUUGCAGAAGAAUAUGGAAAUGUUCCACAGGAAAAUAUACACAGAACAUAUCGUCUUGUUGCCUACAGAAGAUUUAUAAGAUGGACAUGGAAAGUUCUAGGCAAGAAGAAUCGAAAAGUAAUUCCAUCUUGUGCUGUCUCUGCCAUUCGAAGGACAUUUCCCUCAGAACAAUUUACCGGAUUCCACUAUCCUCGUUUCUAACAUAACAAUUGAAUCUCCUACACAUGUUCUGAAUGACAAUGUCUCUGUUGUAGUCCUGAAUGACGUCCCUCUUCUGUCCAGAGAUUGAAGGUGGGGCAGGGUCUAGCUCCUGUUGUAACGCUCUCUUGGCCUGGUCAUAUGUUGAAAACAUUUCCCUUCUGAUGACCACUUCAUCCAUGAGCUCUUGAAUGUAACCUGUGAAACGUAAUAAAGAUUGCAAUUAAAUUGAAGUAUAAAAACUA